GACGCCGCCGGCAGUGGCGGGCAAGAAAAUGCUACGGCGCCCCCACUCCCAGCGCACAGUGGAGACUGGCUGGGUGACUGGCUGUGCCUUCAGUGUGUGUCUGCGGCGGCUCCAGGCAGGUCUGCAGGCGGCGGUAGCGGCGGAGGCAGCGGCAGCUCAGGACAGCAGGCAUCGCACCACCUCACACCGAGAUGUCGUCGUACAAAGUGUCGGCCGUGGCUGCCAAGGAGAAGGCCAAGGCAGAAGCCGCCGACGCAGAGGCCGCCGGCGACGUGUGCGCGGACGGCCGCGGCCCCGUGUGGAAGGUGUGGCGGCGGCGGCGUUACGUGGUGGCGCUGCUCGCCUUCCUCGGCUUCUUCAACGUGUACGCGCUGCGCGUCAACCUCAGCGUCGCCAUCGUCGCCAUGACAGCUUACCGCAACGUCACGCUCGACAACGGCACCGUCACCCAGGUGCGCGACUUCGACUGGGAUUCCGAGACGCAGGGCGCGGUGCUGAGCUCGUUCUUCCUGGGCUACCUGCUGACGCAGGUGCUGGGCGGUUGGCUGGCGGCGCGCGUCGGCGGCCAGCGCGUCUACUGCAUCGGCAUCGCCACCACGGCACUACUCACGCUCGUCACGCCCCCGCUCGCCUCGGCCAGCCUCUACCUGCUCAUCGCCGUCCGCGUCAUCGAAGGGCUCUUCGAGGGCGUGACGUACCCGUGCAUCCACGCGGUGUGGGCGCGCUGGGCGCCGCCGCUGGAGCGCAGCCGCAUGGCGACGCUGGCGUUCUCGGGGAGCUACGUGGGCACCGUCGUCUCCAUGCCCGUCUGCGGGCUGCUCGCCAAGGAGGUCGGCUGGCAGUCCAUCUUCUACGUCUUCGGCGUGGUGGGCCUCGUGUGGUGUACGGCGUGGUGGCUGGUGGUGGCCGAGAGUCCGGAGAAAGACCCCAGGAUCUCACCGGAGGAGCUCAAGUACAUCCAGGACUCGCUGGGCCCCGACAGUGACCACAAGAAAGUCGUGCACCCUUGGGGGAAAUUCCUGAAGUCGAUGCCUGUGUGGUCGAUCGUGAUGGCGCAUUUCUGCGAGAACUGGGGUUUCUACACACUGCUGACGCAACUUCCCACGUUCAUGAAAGACGCGAUGCACUUCAACCUGAAGGAGGCGGGCUUCAUGUCGGCGCUGCCGUACCUGGUGAUGGCCAUCAUCCUGCAGUUCUCGGGACACCUCGCCGACUGGCUGAUGCGCCGCCAGAUCCUCUCCACCACCAUGGUGCGGAAGGUGUUCAACUGUGGCGCGUUCGUGGCGCAGACCGUGUUCAUGCUGGCCGCCACCAACGUCCUCACCCCGGUGGGGUCCACCGUCUUCCUCACGCUCGCCGUCGGGCUCGGCGCAUUCGCGUGGUCCGGCUUCAGCGUGAACCACCUGGACAUCGCGCCGCAGCACGCCAGUGUCCUCAUGGGCCUCUCCAACACGGUGGCCACGCUGCCCGGCAUCGUGAGCCCUAUCAUCACGGGCUACAUCGUCACCGACAAGAGUGUGGAGCGCUGGAAGUACGUGUUCUACAUCGCGAGCGCCAUCUACCUGACGGGCGCCAUCUUCUACGGGCUGUUCGCGUCCGGCGAGCGCCAGCCGUGGGCGCUGGAGCCGCCGGCCCGAGACGAGGAGAGGCCCAAGGACGACGCCAAGGGCGGCCACGUCAACCCCGCCCUCGAGCUCAACGAGGCCCUCUGAGAGCCGCAGCGGCUCACCGCACACACCACGCAGCAGCCAGCAGGCGGCCCCAGUCCCAGCUUGCGGCCAGCUGUCUCCAGUAUUACGAUACCAAACUAACGUCCGCCACUUUGCGGCCCUCGUCACGAAGGGCACGUUUGCGUUGGAGCUGUGAUAGACUAGAACAGCGUCGAAGUGGGCAGCUAGCGAAGCCAAGCACGGCUCUCAGCUCUACGACGGAGCUUCGGUAUCAAAAACGGACAGAGCGUCAACAGUGUACAGGGUAUUAAUAAAUUAGUUCUACAAAAGUAGCUAUCAGUUGUCAAAAAACGAAAUAACUUACCGAACUGUUUGAUGCAGCACUAAAUACAGUAGCUCUUCAAGUAUUAUUUACAAAUGCUAGUGUGUCAUCUUUCGUAACACGACAAAUGUCCCACCUGUAAUCAGUUUCCUGUGAAGUUCUGUGAAGCAAGUCUUGAUGUAUGCCAGCAAUUGCUUGUGUUAUCCACUGCCGCAGCUCGUAGACUUUUCUCGCAAGCGGAGGAACAAACGCUCUGUCUUUAGCGUAAACCCGUACACAGAAGUUAUUGGGGUUGAAUCAGAUGAUCUUGUUGGCCAGGAUAUUGCUCCACCACGUCCAAUCAAAGUCGGCUCAUGCACACGGAGUUACGUGACAACUUCACGAUGAUAAUGUGGUGGCGCGCCAUCUUGCCCGAAAAUAAAUUCUUUGUUCAUAUUUUAUUAUAAUUGAAGCAUUAGAUAAUAUUCAAACACGCCCAGGUACGAACCUGUUCAACUCCUGUGUCAGAAACUCCUGGCCGAACCUUACCCGCCGGGAAUGGUGGCCGAGCGGUUCUAGGCGGUUCAGUCCGGAACCGCGCGAAUGCUACGGUCGCAGGUUCGAAUCCUGCCUCGGGCAUGGAUGUGUGUGAUGUCCUUAGCUUAGUUAGGUUUAAGUAGUUCUAAGUUCUAGGGGACUGAUGACCUCAAAUGUUGAGUCCCAUAGUGCUCAGAUCCAUUUGAACCAGUUGAACCUUACCCCAGCGUCCUAUAUGAUACACAUCCAAAUUCGGUGAAACCGUCGGACAGUUAAUAACAGAUUGCCUUUGAGUUGGUGACUUGCAAUAUUUAGUCCUGAACUGUCUCUGAACGGUAGUAGCGGAUUUUGAUUCAUGAAACCGUAAACAACACUGCGGACGUGCUGCUCUGUAAUACGACUCCGUGACGGCUGUUGAAAUGACUCAUUCAAGUGUAUCACCUAGUGGAAACGUCAGAAAUUAACAGUGUUGCACUACAUUAAGUUCUGUAUCAAACAUGUCUCCAAGUUAUUUACCCUUCUCACAAAGGUUACUUUUGUAUAACCAGUUUACGAAUAUCCAGUAUUUAUUCUGGGUUUAGGAGCGGAGACAAAAUAGUCAUAAUAUAUCACGUAAGCUUUUUCAUUUAUAUUGCACUGAAGUUACUAAAAAUUAGGCUUCAACGAUGUGCGGUUAACAAUACUUUGCUCUAGGAAAUUACAUUGCAUAAACAUAAAUACAUAAUAAUUUCAAAAAAAUACCUGUGUUGCUGAAUUUCAGCUUUUUCAUAGAUUAGUCUAUUGCUCCACCUUUUAUCUGUUGCACUUUUUCUUUUCAUAUUGGAGUCGUAACUGCUGCGAAAAUCAUAAGAGAGCUAACUACAGUUUAUGGUAAUGUAGUCUACACUGGAAUUUACAGUUUGUCGAUGAUAUCAGAAAAAUGAUGUUUAUAAAUUAUUCAAACAACUUAGGAACUUCAGGGCGGAUAUGUAUUCAAAUUAUUUGCACUGCACAAUCUGGCUCUUUAUUCAAAAACUACAGAGACGAUGUCCUAAUCUGUUACAAAGACUGGUGCUAUUUAUGAGUUCAUAAAUAUUACUGCAACUAACGGGAGACGUCAGCUAGAUGCUGAGAAAGAAUAUUUCAACCUUUACUUAUCACGAUCACCAGAACUGCCGAAUUUGCCUUUUAUAUAACGUGCUCUGUAAGGAGGGUAUUAGCCAGAGACUAUUAGCCACAAAACUAUAAAAUUAGGUAGAAAUACCCGCAGAUGUUGUUGCGUGUAUUUGCUUAUUGUACAAUUCAAUAAAUGUUAGAUAAUAAAUUGAACACAAAUUGACAGUCAAUAAAUGUGUCAUCCAGCGGAGCUUCCGUCGGAGAUCGAAAUUAAUAAGCCGCAAAUAUUCACGAUCUCUUCAAAUGUCAUCUUUGUCGGAAUUCAAUGCUUCUACUUGCAUCUUCUUUUCAGUUUAGCAGUCAUUUCAUUUCAAAAUUGGUCGGAAACGAAUCUGAUUACGAUUCUUUUGUCUUUAUGAUCGGGCAGUGGACGCCUGUAAGUAUUUAAUCGAUAAAAUCUCCGACACGUUUCCUCGGUACCAGCGAAGGAAACUCGAGCAGCCGUACUGGCGCUCUCAUCGCGGCUUCCGCUUCCCUCCGCUCCGCCAGCACCGCCGCUCUUCUCUCUCCUCUUUUACCGCAGCUCCAACGUAGACGCGCUCCAACAGUUUGCCAGAACGCCUCACUUAUUUUCGCUCAUUCUGCAGGGCGUGAAACAUUCUGCGAUGUGGACAACUUUGACAAAGAACUGUCUAAGCAUACGCUGAACUCGACAUAUGUUGUGCAUGACGUGAAACAGGGUUAAGGACGAAUUGUAUGUCAAGGUGACUGCGAACUGGCAAAAACAUAAGCAAAGUUCCUACAGUACUUUUUGUUUUUCAUGACGAAUAGUACCAUUCGAGAAGUGGCAACGGACAAAACAGAAUGCACCACCUACAUAUGUUCAAUUUGUGGUUGUGGUUGUUUCCCCAUUUAACUAAUUUGAUUUUGGAAACCUUGUAGUCAAGAGUACGAGGUACACGUCAUUCCAAAACAUUACGAGUCUGGUCAGUUAAGGUGUAAAGCAAGGGAAACGAGAAAUAGGCAGACUGCAAUAAUAUUUCGUACUGAUGUAUCUACUUAAAACUUGCGAAGGCAGACAGCGAUAGCAGAAGAUUCAGUGACAUUGUGUGAAUGAAGUUUGGAUUCGUUUAGCUGGUAAACACAGAGUGACAUUCGCCUCAAUCUUCGUGUAUAGAGCACCACCGUUACCGUUACUUCCGGAACAGCUACAGCUGGACUGAAAUAACACUGUGACCGACGCUUCAACGUGUCGAGUGGUACAGUAGGUUCCUUAUGUAGCACCACACGUAGUGUCCUUUCCUGAUUUGUUUUCCAAGUACGCGCAGAGCCUUCCUUGUGGAUGUUGCGGGCUAUUGUAGAGUUUUGUGCUGAACACAGUGCUUCAUAAUGAAGCAGUACUGCGGUGGUGCAGAGCCACAGGAAGCAACUAAAUGUAUGUUUUACGAACAGAAGAUGGGACACGUGUUUUUUCUGGCGAGUAUUUUUUUAUGUUUGAAUAUUACAGCCUCUUGCAUGUGGAGUUAAAAUUUAAAUACGUUUAAAUUUUUAUUACGUGGUACAUUUCCGUAUCGUGAACAUCCCAGACUCGAAAUAUUUAUUGUAUAGUAUAUUUAUAUAUUUACUGUAAUUACUCUCAAUAAAGUUUUCCUGUAUUUAUCCUGGAUAAAGUUUGUAUGUUCAUGAUUAUUAGUAAAUUUUAUAUCGUGUGCCAAUA